UCAAUGCGGUCAUGGCUGUCAAAGAACUGAAGCAAGCCAACACGCCUCGAUCGAAGUGAAUAAAAAGAGAUGACCCAACUCACACUCAUAGGUUUCAUCUAAUUUAGUUAUUCCAAUCACAUCAAGCUCGCUCUCAAUCAACCAACUUGAGCGAUCCUCCAUCAUAAACGAGGUCAAAGUACACCGACCUGAACUCCUUAGCAAGGAGACCAACAACACCAAAAUGGCACCAACACCAUCUGCCCUCGUGGCCAAGUCCCUCUCUUUCGGCAGUGAAACGCUUGCCAACCUCGUCCCCCGCUACAUCCACCGUCAUCGUCGUCUCUCGCGCGGCGGCCUCAUCGGCGUAAUUGUCGCCAUUGUCGUCGCAUUGAUCAUCCUCGCCUUCUUCAGCUUCUUUUGUCGUAGGAGGAGAAUUCGCCGGUCACGACUUCACAUGCACCAGAACAUGCAAGAGACGGCAGCUGCUCCUGGGGGAUGGGCUCAUUCAUCCCACCAUCAUCAACCACCACCGCCGCCGCCGCCGCAGAAUCCCAACGGACUGAAUGCUUCUGGUGGAGGAUGGGCACAGCCUGGGACUUAUCAGCCGCCGCCGUAUCAGCCGGAUCCAGUCUACAACAGGCCGGGAGGGAACUACCAGUAGUUCUUCAGUGUGUAUCAUUGGGUUUCUUGGUGUUAUUCGUUGGUAUCGGGAGCUCAGGGAUCUUGGAGUUGGGAUCAUGAUUUACGAUCAGAUGUCGGUGCCAAUACAUGGUUGGAAUGGGCGAAAACAUGAGCAAGGCCCUCUUGGGGCUUGGGGUACAUUAUCCUUUUUAUCUUCAUUGAAGCUUCCAACGAAGGAGGCUCUUGUAAUAUUUUAUACAUGUACAUUGUUUCGACAGGCUUUAAUGUCAUGUUCUUUGAAUAUUUACCCUUGUUAUCUG